CACAGAAUAAACCUAUCAGCCGAUGAAGUUGCUCACAUUGCUUGUUGGAAUGGAACACCUUGCUUCCCGCCAAACGAUAUCAGCUGCAGGCUGAUGUCGCUCGCUCCCACACUUUGUCCAAUGGCGGUCACUUUCAUCGAGAUUGCAGUCAGCGGCUCUGAGCAGCACAGUGGUAUGCUUGGGUGGAGUGCUUUACCUUUAUGCGGAUCGCCACCAAAAGCUUCAAUAUUGUCGCGAAUCCCUACGAUGCACACGAUUAGCAAGCAUUCAUUGCAAGGUAGCGGGAAUCAUGAGUUCCGAAGCAUACACUCGAACGCCGCUCGCUAA